ACAGCUAAGAUAUUCAAAUCAAAAGACAUACAAAAAGAAUUCAACCAAUCCAAAAAGAAAAAGAAGACAGAAGAAAAAUGAUGUUUGAGUCUCCAAGCAAGAAGAGAUGGAAGCUGUUUUCAUCAGCUUCAUCUUAUAGAGAGACAAUUGUACUUGGAAGAUAUAGUAAAAGUUGCAGAGCGCAGAAGCAACAAAGAAGAAGAUCUAUUGAAGAGAGACUCUUGCCGAAGUGGACAGUUCUGUUGAGGAAGCUCAAGUUGUUGCCUUCUUCUAGAGUCACAAAGGUCACAGCUUAUGAGCUUGACGAUUACUCUUUGAAUUUUGAUCAAGGGUCUGGUUGGCACGACCACGAUGAGCCCGAGAAUCUUGCUAGGUCUUUCUCUUCUCGCUUUGCUGAUCCCACCAGGAUUAGAGCAACACGCUUGCUCUUGUAUUAAGUUAUUUCCUGUGUUUUUCUCUUUUCAGUGAUGAGAUAGAUACACUAGCUGUUCGAAUUGUAAAAAUGAUUAAAAAAUUAGCUUGAUUAUUUGUCUUGGAGAUUUUUUUUUUUUUCUGUAACUGGGCUUUCAUAUUAAAAACAGAAAAAAAAAGAAAUGUUACAACCUUAUUUGUCUUGCUAAGGUUUUAGUUUUAAAUGCUAUGGGCUAGGCCCAGAGUUGAGUAAAGAAAACACAUAUUUUAGAACUUAGUUGGGUCGCUGAAGUGAGAGAAGGCAGGCCUAAUUAAAACCAAGCUAACAAUUACACAAACUGUAUGGACGAAAUAACAUGCGAUUCUACGUGGCAUGAAAGGCGUGAUGUGGAUUUCUAUUCUAUCGAUCUUUAUUGUUUGGCAAAGUAUUUUAUGUCCAGAAAGAUGUAUUUGUUUUAUAUGGAAACAUCCAUCCGUGAUUCCAUUAUCCAAGAAAAUUACACAUGUGGAGGAUAAUAAAUUUUUUGGGUACAUAUUGGAGAAUAAUAAACUAAACAACUAUCUUU